AUGGAGAGGAUACCAGGAGCCGAAAAGGACCCUGGGGCAGAGAGAAGCCCGGCUGAUGGGAGCUUUGAGCCCCUGAGCCAGCUGCCUCUGGGGACCCAUUUCCAGCAGGAGCUGGGAGAGCAGACCUCUGCCAAAGCUGAGGCAGCGCUGGAAUUGCGGUGGCUGAAGUUAGGUUCCCUGGUGACCGUGGAUGCAGGGACUGAGGGGGCCUGUGCCCCGCUGGGCUGGAGUCCCCUGUUCCAGGCUGUGUGGCAGGGCCAGGCAAGCCUGGUGACGCAGCUGCUUCGGCAGGGUGCCAGCGUAGACGAGAGGGACAGCGACGGCCGCAGUCCGCUCCACCUGGCUGUGCUGCGCGGCCACGCGCCCCUGGUGCGCCUCCUGCUGCGACGCGGGGCCCCCGCCGGUGUCCCGGACAGUGCAGGCCGCACACCACUGCACGAGGCUGCCUGGCCCGGGCAUUCGCGGCUGGCCGAGCUGCUGCUGCGCCGUGGAGCUCCGGCGGCGGCGCGCUGCGGGGCGGGCCUCACGCCGCUGCACUGGGCCGCCGCGUUGGGCCGCCCGCUUCUGGCCAGCCGUCUGCUGGGCGCGCCGAGCCCGGGUCCCGCAGCGCUAGCUGCGGCGGUGGAUGCCCACGGCUGGACGGCGGCCCACUGGGCAGCGGCAGGAGAUCAGCUGCCGGUGCUCGAACUGCUGCUGGCUGUUGGCUGCCCGGGCCCCGACGGCGCACUGCUCGUAGCGGCCGAGGCCGGGCGUGGGGCAGCGCUGCGUCUUCUGCUGGCGCGCGGGGCGCCUGUGAAUGCCCAGGACGGCACUGGGGCCACUGCACUCGGCAUCGCUGCAGCCUUGGGCCACCAGCAGGAUGUAGAGGUGCUGCUUGGCCAUGAGGCCGACCCCAGCCUUCAGGACAGACAUGGCCGCUCCCCACUCCACCGGGCUGCUGCUGCUGGACACCUGGCUGUGGUCCAACUACUGGUAGCACACAGUGCUGAGGUGGAAGCUCAGGACUCACUGAGCCUCACACCCCUACACCACGCUGCUCGGGGAGGUCACGUCGAGGUUGCCAGCCACCUCCUGGACAAGGGUGCACAGGUCAAUGCUGCAGGCUGGCUUCACAAGACUCCCCUGCACCUCUCUAUGGAAUCACACCAUGACUCCACUACAGAGCUUUUGCUGAGCAGAGGGGCCAACCCUGCUCUGAGGACACAGUGGGGUGAGCUAGCCAGGGAUCUGGUGUCAGAGGGGAGCCUUUGA